AUGUUAAAAAACGAUGAGGUUAAAGUGGUGGUCCUAGCUCGUGAUCCUCGCGGCAUGACGAGCUCGAGGCGUAAAGCAUCAUUUCCGCGUCGGGAAAUAUCUCCAAACGGAACUGUUCAAUUACACCCCAUACUAGCAGAGUAUGUAAAAGAACAUUGCGUUUGGUUAGAGACUAACUACAAUGCGAUAACAACAGGUCCCACCUGGCUACAGAAAAAUUCCAUUUUGGUACGCUAUGAAGACAUGACGAUGUAUCCGCAUAAAGUUAUACCCAAUCUUUUCAACUUCGUAGGAUUAAACGGCAACGCACACACUGAAGCAGAUGCCGGGCACAUUGAUUCAAUAUCUAAGUGGCGGAAAAAUCUCAAGUACGAAGAGGUGAAAAUAAUUCAGGACUUAUGUUCUGAUCAUAUUUACAAGAUUUUCGGAUGGCGAAAAGUGAGAAGCAAAAUUGAGUUCGAGAAUAAAAACUUAACAUUUAUUGAUCCGAUGCCAGGAUCGCCUCCCGGCUGA